AUGAUUCGUCUAGCACCAUUAUCAGAAGUACCUACAAAUGAUGAAGAAAGUGAUUCUUCAAAGACGACAUGGAGAAAUUGUCUUAGAACUCAUUUCUCUUUGAUCUUCAUCACUAAGAAAUCUGACCUCACGAUUCUUCUGAGUGUUCUUGGCUGCCCUCUCUUUCCUAUUUCUUCCCAUCCUAAAAUACCCAUUACUCAAAUUUCGUCAUCAUAUAAAUAUAUUAUUGAACACUUCAUAGUAGCAAGUGGUUGUAAGAAGAUACAGGGGGUAGUGAAGAACAUGUAUGCAAGUGGAAAAGUGUUAAUGUCCAUAAUGGAUACUAGCUCACCUUCUAGUACCAUUUCACAAAAAAGAUGCUUUGUUUUACAGCAAAUGGUACCUAACAAGUGGUUGAUUGAGUAAGUGGUUGUUGGUCAGAAAGUUAUAGCUAGAAGUGAUGGUAAUGUUGCUUGGAGGCACACGCCUUGGCUAGGUUCUCAUGAUGCCAAAGGAGCCAUCCUCCCUCUACGUCGAGCUCUUCAGGGACUUGAUCCACUAGCUCUAGCAGCAAUUUUCUCUGCAGCUGAGUACAUUGGCGAAAAGAAAAUCUUGGGUAUUGAUUCCUUUGUUCUAAAGUUAUAUUCCAAUCAUCCUGACUUAACUGAAAGGAGUCACAACACAGUAGAGAUGAUCAAGCAUGUCAUCUGGUACUUUAGUCAAAGAAGUGGAUUGCUAGUUUAUGUAGAAGACUCAUACUUGACUAGAAUCCAAUCUCCUGCCCCUCCAACAUAUUGGAAAACAACAAUGGGUACAAAAGUGGAGGACUAUUGGGCUGUAGAGAGCGUGAUGAUUGCACAUUCAAGUUGUUCAAGCAUGAUUAUCACAAGAUUUGGGGAUAACUUAAAGGUUGGGCCUACAAUCACCAAAAUAAAAGAGACAUCCAUCGAUGAUGUUGCAUUUAACGUCCUUGAUCUCUCUAUUGACUCCUUCAUGCCUUAUCAAAGACUAAUCAAGGGAUAUCCUGAGGACAAUCUUGACUGGAGGUCACCAUUAGAUCAAUAA